AUGUCUCCCAAACUUCAUCGAAAUCCCCCUUUCCGGGCUGAACAUCUUGGAUCUUUGCUACGUCCAGAGCAACUGCUGUCGAUAAAACAUGCUCUCGACAAUGGAAAGGAUAAUGUUACAAAGGAUGAUUUGAGAAAGGUGGAAGAUGUAUCCAUUGACGAGAUAGUUCAAGCACAACUUGACCUGGGUUUCCAUGCCGUGACGGAUGGGGAGUAUCGCCGUCAUAUGUUUUGGGGUACAUUCUUUCCCGGCCUCGAAGGAUUUGAAGAAGUCCAAAAUCCUCCCCUCGAUUCUUUCCGCCGCUACGUUCCCGACAUAGGCGCAUUCCUCGAAGAAGGCCAUAAACCCGGUGAAUCUGUUUACUGUACCGGCAAAAUAAAACAUGUCGGGAGCACCUACAUCUCCCAAUGGAACUACCUCAAAAACCUUCUUCCAGCAGAAAAAGUCAAAGAAGCGAAAAUCACCCUCGCAGCCCCGAAUUGGUAUCAUCUCCGCUACAAAACCGGCCACGCAUAUCCAAAAGACGUGUACCCCGACGAUGCUUCAUAUUUCGCCGAUAUAGCCACCGCCUACCGGGCAGAGCUCAAAAUAUUAUAUGAAGCCGGACUCCGAAAUAUCCAAAUUGACGAUCCAAACCUUGCAUACUUUUGCUCCGAAAAAAUGCUGGCAGGCUUUAAACAAGAUGGAGAAGACUCCGAUGCUCUCUUUGAAUCAUAUAUCAAGCUCUACAACGAUUGUCUGCGUGAUCGUCCAGAUGAUAUGCACGUAGGCAUUCAUCUAUGUCGCGGAAACUUCGUUAACGGUCGUCACUUUUCUGAAGGCGGAUAUGAUGUUAUCGCUACGAAACUAUUCCAAGAUCUAAACGUUGAUACAUAUUACCUUGAAUACGACACGGCGCGGGCAGGAGGAUUUGAACCGCUCGCCCACCUUCCUAAGAACAAAAAUGUAAUCUUAGGAUUGAUUACGAGCAAAUUCCCCAAAAUGGAAAAUCUGGAUGAAUUGAAAGAAAAAGUUAUAAAAGCAGCCGAUAAGAUCGCUGAAGGGAACGGAGAGACGAGAGAAGAAGCAUUGAAAAGAAUGGGUGUUAGUCCCCAGUGUGGAUUUGCGAGUCACUCGGAUGGAAAUAAUAUGCAGAGAACGGAUAUGAUUGAGAAAUUGAAGUUGGUGAGAAAAUUAGCCGAAGAAAUUUGGCCUGGUGAACCAUGA